GAAGAGGCGAUGCUGGAGAGUUUGAUGGGGCUGUGUAAUCCUCGGCAGUGUCGUCACGAAGAAUGUUUGCAGACUGCUUUUGAUCCUGUGAGAAUGUAGCGUUUACAACGAACGUGGUUUGGAAUUGGAGGUUUGCAGAAUUGAAUGUGCCUUUAGGGCUGGAUGUGGCGUUGGGAUCAGCUGAGUCGGCAGCAGACUGUGUGUGUGAGACCCUUGAGGGGUUGUUGAGGUUUCGGUUUUUGUGAGAGUUUGGAGGGAUUUGGCUGCUGAAUUUUGAUAAAUGAUAGAGAUGGCGGAGUCGAAGGAGGCUGUGAUUGCGGAGGUAGAGAUGGGUAUGGCUCUUGGGACGCGCUCCGUGCGAGCCACGGUGGUGCAGGCGUCUACUAUUUUUUACGACACGCCGGCUACUCUGGAGAAGGCGGAGAGGCUAAUUGCGGACGCAGCUGCUCAAGGAUCUCAGCUGGUGGUGUUUCCUGAGGCGUUUAUUGGUGGGUAUCCGCGAGGAAAUACCUUCGGAGUCGUGAUUGGUACCCGCACUCCCAAGGGGAAGGAAGAUUUUCGGAAAUACCAUGGUUCGGCAAUCGAUGUCCCUGGUCCGGAAACGGACAGGCUUGCAGCCUUGGCGGGCAGAUACAAACUGUCUCUUGUCAUGGGAGUUAUCGAACGAGCUGGGGGUACUUUAUACUGCACGGUAGUCUUCUUUGAUUCUGGGGGUGAGUAUCUUGGGAAGCACCGCAAGUUAAUGCCAACUGCGUCCGAGCGUCUCAUCUGGGGCUUCGGAGACGGAUCUACGCUCCCAGUGUUUGACACGUCUGUUGGAAAGUUGGGGGCAGUCAUCUGCUGGGAGAAUCGUAUGCCCCUUCUGCGGACUGCCAUGUAUGGAAAGGGUAUAGAGCUUUACUGUGCACCAACAGCGGAUGCCAGGCGCUCAUGGCAAGCCUCCAUGAUCCAUAUCGCAUUAGAAGGGGGUUGUUUUGUGCUUUCAGCGAACCAAUUUUGCAGGAGGCACGACUAUCCUCCUGCGCCAGAGUACAUAUACAGCGGGCUCGGAGAGACUGAACCCGGCCCAGAAGAAGUUGUUUGUGCAGGAGGCAGCGUCAUCAUCUCCCCUGCUGGGACUAUUCUUGCUGGCCCAAAUUUUGAUGGGGAAGCUCUAAUUACAGCGGACCUUGACAUGACAGACAUUGUAAGAGCCAAGUUUGAUUUCGACGUUGUUGGGCACUACUCUCGCCCGGAUGUGCUGAGCUUGAUAGUGCGAGACCAACCGUGUCAUCCCGUUACUUUCACUUCGGAUCUACUGUCACCUAUGGGAGGAAAGACAUGAUUGAUACAUGAAAAAGUUGAAAUAUUUGUCACAACUGUUAGUUAAUGGAGUUGUGUAACAAACAUAGCUGUUGGUUUUGGGAGAAGCUCGCAGAGAAUUACUGUAGACCUCGGAAGUCUUUUCGAGCAUGUUUCAAGCAACUGUGUUGGCCACGAAACAGUGCUCGUGCAAUGUCUCAAGAAUGUUCAAGGACGUUGAAAGUUGGGUUGGAAAUAAUAGAUGGUACACUUCCUUUGCCUUGAAACCAUUACAGAUCUUAUUUUUGUUGCAUUAAAUUUUAGUUCAGGGUUCAACUUGUAGGCCUCGAGAUUAGCCCAACUUCUCUACUAGUAGGAGAAAUAGAUCUGGUAGUUGAUAUAAUUAUUUACAUUAAAAAAUUGAAACAAUAAAAAAAAAUUAUAACCAUUGUUUUUA